GGUGGAUCCCACUACCAAAGCUCGUGCCGACAGCGAGAGUGCCAGGGUUGCAAGCGAGACCCGGCUACAGGCCUAACCGUGUUUCGUAAUUUUGUCACGAGGCGACACUAUUCCAUGUCCAACACCUGCGUACUGAUACAUUGCGGCUCAGAUAGAAUGCGGAAGCGGUUCCGAAUUGUGCAUAACAAACAAAAAUUGGCUACAAAGGAGGCCUAUGUUUUCGCAACUGAAGUUUGGCGGUAGUUGAAUUGAUCGAUAACAUUUCCUGACCCGCUUUGUUUCAAGGCAGUUAUGGAGAUACUGGACGAGGAACAACUCAAGAUGGCAGAGACACUGCUAUCUGACCUCUUUCCUCAGUCGUUGCAAGUGUAUGGUUACAUUUUUCAAAUGAACAGAGUUAAAUCUGACCAUAUGGAUGUACUGGUGGACCGCUGGCCAGAUUUCAGAGUAAUCCUCAUCCGACCACUGCGGGAGAAGGAGGGUGAUUUCUUCAAAGACGUAUCUGUUUACUCCAAAGAUGGGGAUAAACUAAAGAAAAUAUUGCUUGAGACAGAAAUUGUCAACUGGCAAAACUAUCUUUGCUUAGGUAUAGACUUGUGUUACGAGGAAAUGAUAACAAGUAUAGCUGCCACCAGAGGUGCAACUGGAAACAAGUUAGCUGUGUGUCAUAUGCUGAGACUGCAGGAUCCCUCUCACCUCCCACAAACAGACAGCUCAACAGUAGCAAUAUCCUCCCUUGAUGAGUCACACAUUUCUUUGGUUAAUAAGACCUGGAAGUUUGGGGAAGGAGAACACAGCGUGGAGUUUAUCAAGAACAUGAUCCGCUAUUUACCCACCUGCUGUGUUUUGGAUACCGAUGGUCAACCAGUGGCCUGGAUUUUAACGUAUAAUUAUUGUGCCCUGGGAAUGCUUUACACACAGCCAGAGCACAGAGGGAAAGGUUAUGCAAAAAUCCUUAUCAGUGCUAUAUCAAAGAAGCUCCACACUCAGGGUUACCCUGUGUUUUGUUUCAUAGAAGAAGAGAACCAGCACUCAUUUAGGCUUUUUAAAAGUUUGGGUUUCACAGAGGAGCCCUCCUACAGAGCUGCCUGGUUUAAUUUCAACCAGUUUGGUUAAUCUUUGGUAAUAAAAUGACCAGACAAUAUGUGUUGCAUUAGGCAAAUGGUGAGUAAAUGACACUGCAUCCUUAAUUUAGUCCUUUCACAAAUGUAAAUGAUAGAUUUCAUGCAUCUUCAUUCUGGUCUGUUUUGUGUAACAAUAUAUUUGUAUAAAAUCAGCAACAUCCGAGUUUUUCUCUAAAGGAAAACAGGAAUUUGCAUAACAUUAAGCUUUAUGUGUGUUUUAAGGGAUGUGUGUUAAAAGUGUACGUUACUAUGAAUUCAGACAAAUAUGACAAUCUACUUAUGUUUACACCCAGUAAAUCACACAGUAACAGAUUACCAAUGUUGAUUAAUCUAGGAGAGUGAAAAAAAUAUAUAUAUAGGAUUUUGUAAGCUGUGUACCAUGUUCUUUAUUUGUAUGAUAAAUAAAAUGAACAUACUGUUUUCUCCAACAAUA